AGGGUGGGGAGGCGGAUCCAUCAUGGCGUCCAUGCAGCGUUGGUGUUGGGACUUCCUGGCUUCUGAUUUUCCAUGUAGUGGGAAGCAAGGGUCUGAAAAAGUACAGGAGUCCAUGGCCUCCAUGGGCUUAUCCCAGAUGGGAUUGUACUCCCCCUGAAGCAGCAAGUCUGUGACUUUGCAGUUUUCCAGGAUUCAUAGUCAUAGAUGGAGCAGCAGAUGGAGACCAUGGCUGGGGAGCUUUUGCUCAGCUUUAGCUCAUGUGCCAGUUGUGGCUCUUCUUGAAAUGGGAAGCAUUGGCUGUGGAAAUUCAUGCUGGUGUGACCUCAAGAAGAGGCUACAGAAAGAGCUGUUAGCUUUGCAGAAUGACCCACCACCAGGAAUGACCUUGAAUGAAAAGAGUGUACAAAAUUCAAUUACACAGUGGAUUGUAGACAUGGAAGGGGCUUCUGGAACAUUAUAUGAAGGGGAGAAAUUUCAACUGCUAUUUAAAUUCAGUAGUCGGUAUCCAUUUGAUUCUCCUCAGGUCGUGUUUACUGGUGAAAAUAUUCCUGUUCAUCCUCACGUUUAUAGCAAUGGACAUAUCUGUUUAUCUAUUCUAACAGAAGACUGGUCUCCAGCUCUUUCAGUGCAAUCAGUUUGUCUUAGCAUUAUCAGCAUGCUCUCAAGCUGCAAAGAAAAGAGAAGACCACCAGAUAAUUCAUUUUAUGUAAGAACAUGUAACAAGAAUCCAAAGAAAACAAAAUGGUGGUAUCACGAUGACACUUGUUGACACCAUCAUUCUAUGAUUCUCCUAACAGAAGAUAGUCCUACUGAGAAAAUGAGCACUUUGAUCAUUCAGUCUUUGAACUUUAACCUCCUGACUGGAAAUGAUAAAUAGGCAAUGAAGACUACUUCCUUUGACUGAAUUUUUACUAGUGUGCAUUCUGGGCGCAUGUUGAUCGCUGGUUCACACCAUGCUACUGACAUGCCUUUCGUAGUCAUACGAUGUUAAUGCAAGUGUUGGAAAAUGUCAUUCAAUUUUAACUUUUGGAAGAAUUCCAGGUCUUCAUGUAUUGUGCAAUAAUAUGAAUUUCUUGGCGGUUUUGGUAUAUCCAUUGCCAGCAAAAGAUUGUAUCAGGAAACAUAUAUGCUUUCCACACAAUAAUUUAGAUGCAUGAUAGGGCCUAUGAAAGGUUUUAAGUAUAUUAGGAUAAUAAGUAACCAAUCUUUUACUUUGAAAACCACCUAAUUUGUUUAGAUAUGGAUUCUGUGCACUGUGAUCAUUAAACUAGCAGCAUAAGUUAAAACAUGCUUAGCUAAGAAACUAAUAAGAUCAUUGCAUAUUUACUGAAUUGUCAAUGUCUUGACAAGCAAGUUUUUUCAAGUUAUGUCAGCAGAGAGGUACGUUCUAUGGUAGAAUAAAUACCUUUUGUUUGUGUGUGUUAUAUUUCUGAAGAAAAGGUAUGAAUAAAAUAAGGCAGAAGUGGUUUAAUCAAGGAAAUCUGUGUUAUGAAAUGGGAACAGAUAGCAGUGAUAAAACUGAAUUUGCUGAAGUCCAUGAUUGGGCUUGUUAAUAUGUACACUAGAGCUGUUUUCCAAGUAGAUUGCACACUGUUAUUUCAUACUAGCCUUCAGCAUGAGCCCUGUUGCCUACACAAUACUUCAUUUAUUUAUGUGUCUAGACAUUUUUGUUUGAGUUCACUGUUUCUUUUGUUGUGUUAUAUGUCAUAUUUGAAUGUUACAAAACAAUAUUUUCACUGAAAAGCUAUCAGAAAAUAUUUUCUUGUAAAUUAUUUCUUUACCUUAUUAACAUUUAUCUUGUCUUUUAAUUCUGUACCAUAAAGGAAGAAAUACAUUUUGGACAGAGAUGAACUGUUUUGACAAAAAGUGUGGAUCUUUUUAUUUAAACUUAAGACAAAUAUAUAUAAAUAUAUAUUUUUCUUAUCUUACUUGUCCCAUACAGCCAUAGCAAUUUUCCAGGUUUUCUUUAAAGAUAUGACAAAAACUAGAUUUACCUUUUAUACAGAAAAACAAUUGUUAAACAAUAGUGAAUUGAUCUUCACCAAUAUGUAAUUUUAUGAUACUGCAUCUAGGCUGUCUUUUUAGGAAGCAAUGAUGUGUCUUUUAUAAACUUGCUACCUUUACACAUAUGCAAACUUUCUAUUUCAAUGCUCUUUUUAAUGUUGCCUUAUUGUUGCACUAAAAAAAAUCAAUUCUAGUAGUCAAUAAAUGAAUGUCUGAACUGAGUAAACCUCUUACUUGAUUUUUAAAGUAAGAAUCCGAUGAGCAAAACAAAUCUCCCAGGAUUGGCUGAAAAUAUUCUAGUAUGUGUGGGUUUUUUUAACUGCUGCAUUGAAUCUUACAAGUUUUAUAGAUAUGUAUAUACUACUGUAGCUAUAAUAUUUAAAAUCAAUAUAAUUGCUAAGCUCAGGGGUGGGGAGAAAUCAAAUGGAAGAAAAAGGUGUUCUGUCCAGGCACUGAAUUCUAAACUAUCAGUUUGGUAGAGCAGUUUUAAAUAAGGGUAUGUUAUUUUUUCUAUUUUGAAGAAAAUUAUUGGCCUCAUGAUCAAAAAUAAGAUACUGUGGGAAAACUUGUAUAUAAAUGUUCAUAGUUCUCCAUUGCAUAAUUAAUGUUGCUACAAUUUUGUUCAAGCCAAAAAUAACGUUGACAUUGAAAUUUGUAUUCCUCCUCAAUUUUCUUCUAGCUCUUUUUCCUUUUGUAAAUUAAAUCGUAAAAACAUGUUAAGAGAUGUAUACAUGAAAAGUAACCACUGAAUAUUUAAAUGGAAUCUUCAUAUUUCCACAAUCCACGAAAACUAUGUAUUGAUACAGCUAAUUUAGAUAAUGUCAAUCUGUUCUGUAAUUCACUAUGAAGGAACUCCUUCAUAUGUCUGGAAGUUUAAUUUGUCCAUCUUAAAGAUUAAUGCAACUGUUUCCAUACAAUAUCAUCUGAUUUUUAAAGGUUGGUUAAACAAUCCAUGCUUUAGUCUUGGAUGUAUUUUAUUUGCCUAUAGAUUUCGCAGUUUGGAUUAAAUCAAAAUUACUCAACAAAA